AUGUUUCCUUUACAACGAGGCAAUGAGCUGGUUAUCCAGUUUUCCAAUAGCCCCCACCACGAGCAACACGAAAUCUCCCAAGAUUUGAUUCUGGAUGAUUAUGCUUCUCUGGAUGUAAACGAUUGUGAUAAAAAACUCAGCACUAGAAAGAAACUAUCUUAUGGGGGUGAUAAGAAUCAUGGUGCUUCUAAUGAACAGAAGAAGAAGAAGAUUGUUCAUAGAGAGAUUGAGAGGCAAAGGAGGCAAGAAAUGGCAACCUUUUAUGCCUCUCUCAGAUCCCUUCUCCCUCUUGAGUUCAUCAAGGGAAAGCGUUCAAUGUCUGAUCACAUGAACGAGGCAGUGAAUUACAUAAAACACAUGCAGAAUAAUAUCAAAGAACUUGGUGCCAAGAGAGAUGAACUGAAGAAACUCUCCAAUUCCAAGAUGGAAAACCAAGAGAGCAAGCACACAUCUUGCAACUUCACUCUCCAUGAGAAUAAUGGUAUUGUGGGAAUCGAAAUCACCAGUGGUUUCAGAGAGGAAAGUCUCAAACUUUCAAAGUUACUUCAAUUACUGCUUGAUGAAGGACUUGAAGUUGUUAGUUGCCUUUCAACCGAUGUUAAUGGAAAAUUGUUCCAAAGUGUCCAGUGCGAGGUUAGCAAUUCCAACAGUGUAGAUUUAUCUGAGCUGAAAAGGAAAGUUUCCAAUGUUAUUCCAACACUUAGAUCUUCAGAUUAA